GCGAAGUUGGUUUGGGACCACUUUGGCUGUACGACGUUGGGCGAGUAUUCAGACUUAUAUUUGAAAAUCGAUGUAUUGCUGUUGGCUGAUGUGUUCGAAAACUUCCGCGACGUAUGUAUGAGGGCAUACAACCUGGACGCCGCCCAUUAUUUCACCGCCCCUGGACUUAGUUUCGAUGCGAUGCUUAAGUUCACGGGGCAAAAGCUGCAGUUGCUGGACGAUUACGACAUGUUGUUGAUGUUCGAGAAUGGUUAGUAUAUUAUUUUUAAAUGUGUAUAUAUAAUAAUAUUAAUCUUAUUUAUUUUUAUAGGUAUACGUGGUGGAUUGGUUCAAGUGAGCAAACGAUAUGCGAAGGCGAAUAAUGCAAAGACCCCGGACUAUGAUGAGACGAAAGAGAAAUCAUGGAUAGUAUAUCAGGACUGUAACAACUUUUACGGGUGGGCAAUGUCCCAGUACAUGCCGUACGGUGGGUUCAACUGGGUCGAACCUACAUUAAACGGACUUGAUGAUUUGAACGACACAUCACCCAUACGGCGAGUGUAUGAGGUGGAUGUAACAUACCCACAAAAAUUACAUGAUAAGCACAACGAUCUACCAUUCUUGCCGAACAGCGGUAUACCACGCGGGUCGAAGGUGAGGAAGUUGAUGACGACAUUUGAGAAAAAGGAGAAUUACAUCAUACAUUAUAGGAACCUACAGCAGGCCAUUAAGAAUGGUUUGAUAGUUGAAAAAGUACACAGAGUUAUUCAGUUUAGUCAGUCGGAUUGGUUGGCUAAAUAUAUUAAGUUAAACACAGAGAUGAGGAAGAAGGCUAAGAACGAUUUUGAGAAAGACUUUUUUAAGCUGAUGAACAAUGCUGUAUUUGGUAAAACAAUGCAAUCGAAGAGGAAAGAGAUGAAGAUGGAGUUGGUGUCGUGGAGAGGAGGUUGCAGAAACUGAUUAACAAGUGUACAUUCAAACACUGUACCAAUUAUAAUGAAAACCUAAACGCUGUCGCUUUGGAGAAUAAAAUUAUUAGAUUCGAUAAACCUAUAUAUAUUGGUAAAUAUACUUUUUACCACUUUUAUCAUACAUCUAUUAACACAUUUUAUUAUUUUUCAGGAUUUGCAGUACUAGACAUAUCAAAAACAAUGAUGUAUGACUAUGAUUACAAUGUAAUGAAGAAACACUAUGGCCCUAGAUUA